GAGGAGGAUAUCUUAUUCGAAACACAAUAUAUAAUUUCGAAAUAUAAAUAUGAGCAUGCUUAUGUAUACGUAAAUGGUUAUUAUCAAUCCGAAUUAUUUAAUUUAUUCGGUGUAUUUACAUUAGAAAAAUAUUCUCCCGAUUGCCGUUUCAUUUUCUCGCGAAAACGCUUCCGUGUAAGAACACAGGAAAAAAAAAAGCGAGAAAGAAGAAGGAGAGGGAGGAGGAGGAGAAGAUGUCGUGGCAAUCGUACGUCGAUGACCACUUGAUGUGCGAUGUCGAAGGCAACCGCCUCGCCGCCGCCGCAAUCCUCGGCCAAGACGGCAGUGUCUGGGCUCAGAGCUCCGGUUUCCCUCAGUUCAAGUCCGAAGAAAUAACUGCGAUCAUGAAGGACUUUGAUGAACCCGGAACUCUUGCUCCUACCGGCUUAUUUCUUGGUGGGACCAAAUAUAUGGUUAUCCAAGGUGAGCCAGGAGCUGUCAUCCGAGGAAAGAAGGGACCUGGGGGAGUCACUAUCAAGAAGACUAAUCAAGCCCUAGUGAUUGGCAUCUAUGAUGAGCCAAUGACUCCGGGCCAAUGCAACAUGGUCGUGGAAAGGCUUGGCGACUACCUCAUCGAGUCUGGUCUUUAAGAAAUGAAGCUGUCCUGCCCUUUUGGGUUUUCAGGUUCUUUUUGUUAAACCAACUAUUGUGUCUCAUUUGUGAUUGAUUAUAAUGCCAAAAAUUGCGCAUUUAUGGGAAUGAAAAGAACAGAAGAAACAGCUUGAUGGGUUUGUGACCCUUUGGAGUCUUUGUGAUGGUUUUGAUGAUCCUUUUCUUGCCAUACCGAUUGGUGAAUUCUCUGGGGGGUCUCCCCCAUAUAUGUUAUAAUGUUGCAGCAGUUUGGGAUUUCUGCAUCACUUUAUAUGAAUGUAACUUUGGAAUUCUGUUUU